AUGGAUAAUCUUCAGCUCGAUGAGGCCUCCAAGAAGGAGAUAGCUCAAUUUAUCGAGCGGGAGCAAGCCGGGGCGCGCUUGCAGGCCAGCAUCCAUCAGUACACGAGCAUGUGCUGGGACAAAUGCAUUACUGGUACUCCAGGCACGCGCUUCUCGCGGUCUGAAGAGAGUUGUAUUGCCAACUGCGUUGAACGCUUCCUCGACACGAGCCUAUUCAUGGUCAAACAGCUUGAACAACAGCGAAGCAUGUCUGGUUGA